GAGGGGUGCAGUCUGGGCGGGGCUGCAUGAGAAGCUCAAGCUGCGGGCCUUACUCUCGUCAUCCCCCACCUUCAGUGGGCCGCAGGGUGAAGUGUUUUGGCAAUGGAGGCGUCUCCUUGGACAGCUCGGGUCAAGCUACGUUGUGGCAGACAUGUUCCUCCUCCCUGGUCAUGCAUCCCAUAUUCAAAGAUGGCAACUAACCUCAAGGGUGUGUCAGAUACUUCCAUAAAGGACCUAGAAGAAACUUCCUCCUUGAAAGCCUGAAAAAUCAGCAUAUAUAACGCCUGGACUUGUGGAUAUUAGUCUGAAAAAAUGGCAGAAAAUAAUAUUAAAAAUGUAGAUGUAAGACCCAAAACCAGUCGGAGUAGAAGUGCAGACAGAAAAGAUGGCUAUGUGUGGAGUGGGAAAAAGCUCUCUUGGUCCAAAAAGAAUGAGCACUCUUCUGAGACUGACACACCAGUUGCCACAGAGAAAGUUGACAUCCCCGUAGGGAGCCCAGAAAGGAAGCACAGCUGUUCGUCCAUUGAGUUGGAUUUAGAUCAUUCAUGUGGGCACAGAUUCUUGGGCCGGUCUCUUAAGCAAAAAUUGCAAGAUGCUAUGGGGCAGUGCUUUCCCAUAAAAAAUUGUAGCAGUCGACACUCUUCAGUGCUCCCAUCAAAAAGAAAAAUUCUUAUCAGCGAACUCAUGUUAGAUAAGUGUCCUUUCCCGCCUCAGUCAGAGCUGGCCUUUCGUUGGCAUUUAAUUAAACAACACACUGCCCCUCUAACUCCAAAAUCAGAUAACUGCAAAAGCACAGACUUAUCUGAAAGUGAUAUGAGGGAUAUCCAACUGAAGGAAAGAGCUAUCAGGGAAGAAAGUGUAAACUCUUUUUCACAUACUCAGGUUCAGCCAUGUGACACAACUACUGACAACCAUUCACAUUAUGCUCCAAAGACAGCUUCUGUAAUGAACCUGGCAUCUAAUACCAGUAUAGAAGAUAGUGAUAUGGAUUCAGAUGAUGAAAUUUUAACAUUUUGCACAAGUUCUAGGAAAAGAAACAAAUCAAAAUGGGAAACUGAUGAUGAAAUGCUGCAAUUGGAAAUGCCUCCUAAAUAUCACACUCAGAUAGAUUAUGUUCACUGUCUUGUUCCAGAUCUCCUUCAGAUCAAUAACAAUCCAUGUUAUUGGGGAGUAAUGGACAAAUAUGCAGCUGAGGCAUUACUGGAAGGAAAACCAGAGGGAACUUUUUUACUUCGUGACUCAGCACAAGAAGAUUAUUUAUUCUCUGUUAGUUUUAGACGCUAUAGUCGUUCUCUUCAUGCUAGGAUUGAACAAUGGAAUCACAACUUUAGCUUUGAUGCACAUGACCCUUGUGUAUUCCAUUCUCCUGAUAUCACUGGACUUUUAGAACAUUAUAAAGACCCAAGCUCUUGUAUGUUCUUUGAACCACUUUUAUCUACUCCUUUAAAUCGGACUUUCCCCUUUUCCCUUCAGCACAUAUGCAGGACAGUUAUUUGUAACUGUACAACCUAUGAUGGCAUUGAUACCCUCCCAAUUCCUUCAUCUGUGAAAUUAUAUCUAAAGGAAUAUCACUAUAAAUCAAAAGUUAGAGUACUCAGGAUUGAUGUACCAGAACAAUAAUGCCAGGAGGAUUAAUGGUAUUUAACUGACUGAUUACAUAAAAGCUCUUUCAUGGCUUUUCUAAAUUUUAUUUUCUUUUUACCAUUUUGAAAUUUUUUGUGAGGCAAAAUUCAAAUUAACUUGAACCCUAAUCUUUAUUUUCAGAUACUUUUUUGGGAGGGCUGGUGAUAAAUACUUAUUUUAAUAUUAUCCACUAAGACUUCAUGGACUUUAAGAAAAAUAGGUCUUCUGAGGUACCUUGUAGCAGUUAUUCUUUGGACUUUAAAUUUUAUUUUAAAAUUUUUAAUUUACAUAACUACAAAGAUGUUAAAAAUCAUCCUAUAAAUGACAAAUUAAAAAUGGAGUGUCUUUAUUUUACACAUUUCUUUAAUAUUAAGUCAAUGUCCACCAUAAAAAGUAUAAUUCUUUGUUAAUCUAAUCCUAACAUGACUAUUCCUUGAUGUAAAAUAGUUUUUCUAGUAGUGCUUCUCCAUUCUUCCAGUAAUAUGGGACUAUCCUUUUAAUAUUUAUACCAUGUUUCAGACUAACAUAGCAGACCUUAUAUAUUCAUAAUUUAUUAAUAAUGGUAUUAAAGAUGACAGAAAACUUAACUGUAGAUUAAAUGAUAUAUCUGAUAGCAUAAGAAGCUUACACAGCAAGUGUCUGCAUAGUUUCCAGUCUGUUCUUUACUAAGAAUUUCAUCAUCAAUUCCCUAGUGUCUUUCUCACUCUGCCAUUACUUUCUAGAUAGAAGCCUUUUAUUUAAGAAUAAAACUCAUGCAGUAUUUUAAUUUUUAGAGGUUAAUUUGAAAGAACUGCGUAUUAGAGAUUUAAAAACUGAAUGAGCUUUAUUCUGCCAGUGAGGAUGAAGCAAAAAAAAAAAAAAAAUUCUAUUUUAGAGGUAUUUUUUACUAUUUUAGAUAUAAUAGUACCAUUUAGUGUACUUGAAGAAGUCAUUUUCUAAGUGUUCUCAGUGAAGUAAUAAGAGAUCAUUACUUACUCAUUAGAAAGUCUAAUAUCUAUAGUCACAUAGUACUGCAGUAAUUUUACAAUGACUCCUUUGACUUUUAGCAGGUAAUUCUUUUUUUAUUCUGUAACAUCUAAGAUUUGGGACCAUAUUCAUUUAGGAAUUGUUCCUAUAAAGCCUCAUUAGAGAAUACCCUAGAUCUAUUAUUUCUUGCUAGAUUUUAUUCACGUAACUGCCACAAAUUUUAUACUGGGGACCAAAUAAUAUAUCAAUAUAUAUAUAUCAAAUUCAUUUUCUAUUAUUUUCAUUUCAUUAUUUUGGAUUCAAGUCCAAGUUUUGAUAAUUAGGUAGCAGGGUAAUAAUCAUCAUGGUGCUAUUAUGUUUGGUAUUUUAAAAGAAAAAAAAGUGAUUUGCACAUUCCAAAUAAAAUUGUUCUUGUCUUCAAAAUUGACUUUAAUGUGGCUUUGGACAAGGAAAGGGAACAACCAAAAAACCAUUUCUACAACCAUAGUCACUAAUUUUAACCCACUUUAAGGCAUUAGUAAAUCAGAACUAUGAUGGUAUAUGUUGAUAAUAUUUUGAAUCUAUUAUUCCAAGAUUAGGAAGUAGUUUAUAUAUAGCAUUUGAUUCAGAGUUGAAGAGAAAUAUCCUAUCAAACAAUAUUUCCAGUUAAAGAUUGAGAAAUUAUUUUUAUUUAGAUUUCAAUAUGCACAUACAUAAUUCCUUAUUUGUCUUCCAAUUAGUUAACAUUUUGCAUUUAUUGGUUUUGCUAUGCUAAUUUAUGCACUAUUUCCUUAUUUGUGGCUUUAAAAAAAUUUUUUUAUUGACUAACUCCUGAGGUCAAAGAAAUUUAUUCCAGAAAUAACUAAAAAGUAACAAAUAUUGAUCCAUAAUCAAUGUUAUUUAUUUUUAGGAAUAACAUUUAUUUAUUUUACCCUUUCACUAGGAACACUAAUACUGCAUGGUACAGAAUGAUAACUUCAAAAUAAAAAUCUUUGAUUACCGUAAAGUCAGAAACCAAAAAAUUGUUUAACCUUUUAAGAUACCUUGUAACUAGUGAUCUUUAGUUGGGCAAAAAUCCCUGCACAAAGAUUUUUCCUUGAAAUGAACAAUUACUUUUUAAAAUAAUAAGCUCAAGUGAUCUUAAAGUGAUAAGGCCAGAAAUCAGUUUAAAUACCAAGAUAUAUAAAUUUACUGUCAAGAUAGAGCCAUCCAAAUGCAAAUUGCUUUGAAAGUGUAGAAAAAUAUUGGACAUUAUAUUAUCUAUCUGUAUUAUGAAUCUUUUUUCAACAUACAAAAAUCUUACCCUGUUUAACUAACACACUUAUAAAAAUUCACUUUUGAGAAGGGAAAGACAGGAGAGAAAGCAAAUUGCUGCUCCUUUUUUAUUACCAGGGGAAAAGUCCCCUUACCAUCCCCAACUUAUCAGAAUUUGAUAAUGAAAAUUUCUGUUUCUGUGAAACAAUUAUUAUUUUAAUAAUUUUUCUUUUAAAAACUUAUCAGAACAGAUUUACCUAAUUGAAGAGUUGCCAAAGAGGGGGAAAAAAGUAUGGAUACUUUUGUAAAGAAACAGAAUCUAAUUCUGUCAACUCUUUUGUAAUGAGUAAAAAUUAGUAUUUAUAAAGAAGUCAUCUUCUGAGUAGCCUCAUAAUAUUUAAACUAUGUUAUGAUAUAUUUUCUGUGAUUUUGCUGUUCUUUCAGUAUCUCUAUGGUACUAAUAAAUGUGGAACAUAAGUUUACAGUCAUAUCAGUAGCCAUGAAGGUCAUCUGCAACAAAAAAUAACAAGAAAUAGACUGAUCCAUCCUGAUACAUUUUGUAUUUUUCCCUUAUAUGUACUUCAGUAAGAAGAAAUUUAGGAAGUAGUAAUAAAAUGUUUUGAUAUGGUUAUGGUAGUGAAGGAGGCAGGCAUAGAGGAGGGAUUUGGUAGAUUCAAAGAAUGGAAUAUCAAAGGGACUCCUUUGACUUAGGUGAAUGUACAUUUAACAGACUAUAUAGUGUUUAGGCUUCACCAUUAGAAUAUAAAAUCAAAGGAAAUUUAUAGAUGUCUAAUUACAUGAGAUUAGAAUGUUUUAGAGGAAAAGAAAUAGGAAGUUAAUUUGAUUAAAAAGUAACCUAAGCAUGAAGCAAUCAGUUGUAGCUGCCUAUUAAAAGAUACACUUGAGAAAGCAUUUAGCAUAGUGGAACUGAGUAGAGCUUAUUUGGCAAGGGGAUAAAGCUAAUAGAAACAAGAUAAAAUAUUUAAAUUAAAAAUUUAGGCAUUACCUUAGGGAAAUCUUGACAGUGAGAAUUACUUAAUCACUAAUAGCUCAGCUGGACAAUACACUUAACUGGUUUAAAAACAAUCUUUGCCGGAAAUCAAACUUGGCUUUCUAUCAAUUUUUCAGGACACCGUAAGAGAGAAAAAAACCAAUAUGCUGCUGGUGCUUCAUGUGCUUUUGAGAAAAACUACUCUGGAUUUCUAGCUUCUUUGACAAAUUGUAUGAAACAAUCAUACAUGGUCUUACUUUAACCACAAUGUGCUCUUAAAUAAUUCAAAAAGAGUGCUUUAAUUUAAAGAGAAACCUAAUAGGAAGAGGGAUGAAGGAAGCUUUUAGUCAGCUUUGGGGCUAGAAAUAGUGAUUUGUUGAUCAAUCCUAUAUUUCCUGAAUUUUAACUAAAAACUAACUAGUCCAAAUGAGUGGCUUUCAUUUAAAGUUUGAACCUCCUUGCAAAUGUUUUACUAAUUAGUUUAAAAUCUUUCUUUUAAAAAUAGAACAUAGGAGAUACAGGACUUAAUUUUUUUGUCAUAUAAAUUCCUCUUUUAUUUUUAUCCCUAUAAGUAUUCAUGAGCCAAAGCCCUUAAGAGGAUAAAUCAUCAGCUUUCUGUCUGUCUUUAGUUUAAAUCACUUUGUAGAUCCUAUAAUAGAAAGACAACUUCCUUCCUAUGGGGAAAAUUAUGAUCUAUUUUCUUUCAAAACAUUUCCUUUCCAUUUUAAAAUAUAUUCUGAUGUUUUUCUUGUCAUUCUUAGUUGUAACCAGAAUCUAAUCUUUUAUAUUGAUAUGAUAGUGCAGCUUUCAUUGAAUAAUGUUCUUUAACUUGGGGGAAAAAUUUUCAAAAAGAGGAAAUUGAUAUUAACUUUAAAAAAUAUUCAAAAUCAAGAUUUGCAUCUGUUUCUUUUUUUCACUUGGAAAAAUAUCCUUUUAAGUUUCUCAGUCUUAACAUAUUCAAAUAAAAAUCAUCUUAUUCCUAAAAAUAUCUGAAAGCACAAGAACAUAUUUGUAGCUGGGCACACAGAAGAAUGAGUACUGUGUGUCAUUGUACAUGGGGCUAAAUUUUUUUGUAUGGUUGACUAUGGUUAUAGCCAAUGAAAAGGUUGAACUUUCAACCUAUGGGUAUAUUUUUAAUUGGGUAACCAAUAGAAAUCUUUUUUUAAAAAAUUGUUAAGAAGCUGUGCCAAUUAGCAUGACAGUGGACUUGGGGAAAGUAAAUCCUAGUCCCUACUUCAUCUUUAUUUUACUAUGUAACCUUGGUAGGCUAAACUUUAUAACUUCAUAUCCUAAAUUAUAGAAUAAGUCAAUACUUGCCACCUGGCUUCCUUCAUUCUUUGGUGACAUUUUGAAUUUCUUAAAAGGUAAAUACUAUGCAACUAAAUUGUAAUGGGUUAAGUGGUAAUAUGGUAAUAUGAUCAUAAACGGUCAAAGUAUUCCCUGUAUGUUGGGCAAAUGAAAAAGUCAUCCUCCAAUACUUCCAAACAAAGGUUUAUCUUAAUUUGAUGAUAUAAAUUAGGACACUAAUUUUAAUUUGACCCUGAGAAUCCUAUUAUCCCUAAAAUAGAAGUUGGUUUUACUUAAAUUUUGCAUUUAAAUGAACAGUAGCAAUGUUGUACCCACAUGAAAUUUUAUAAAAAUUCGAUUUUAGUAAGAAUUAUAUAACAAUCUGAUAUUUUGAAAAUUAAUUUAUGGAAAAAAAACAAAAUAUUUACUCUAGUUGAAUGAAACAAGAGCCUUUAGACUUGAGCCACAGUGUAAAAAUCAAUUUGCUUAAAAUAUGCUGCCUUUUCUAGGAUUGGAAGUGUAAAGAGUAUAAAUUGAAUGAUAUAUGUUUGAUGAAGAUUUAAAUAGUUCUUUUAACUAUUGUAUAGUCUUGACUAUAGACUAUUUCUUUUCUGUCUUCUACCAAAAGAAAUAUACUAUAUUCCCAUUUUGUCUUCUAUUCUUGAAGUUGAAUAAAUAUUCGAUCAUUUUAAUGUUUCCUCAUAAUGGAAGAAUUAAAAGAAAUUUAAGUCAAUUUUAAUUUCUUAAUUAAAAUUUGGUAAAUAUAACCUUUGUAUUGUUUGUAUCAGAGAAAAACUCGUGUUCCUGGCACUGUACUGAGACAAAAGAUAAUUCUUACCUUCAAGGAUUUUACUGUCUAAAGAUAGCCACUACAAGCAAAUUUAUGCAAAGUAGGCUAUAUACAGGAUAAGUAGGAAAUAUUUCUUGUAGAAGGUGGAAAUUUAUUUAGGACAUUACAUAGGGAGAUGAUCAAUUGACAGCCUAGUGACAGUGUUAGUAAAAAUAUGAUAUUUACUGAGAGGCUUUUCAGCCCAACACAAGUUUAACUUUUCUGCUCCACUUGGAUAAUAAAGUGUUAGACAUUGGCAGCCAGGGUAUAGUCAUACCCAGGAACUCUCAAUAAGAUCAAUUUCCAUAGGGAACUGUGGAGGAUAGGCCAUUGAGGCAAGAGAUGACAUGACUUCUUGGGGUUGGUAUCCAUACGGGUCCUUUUUUUCCAUCUCUAGGGCAGUUAUGUAUAGAGCCAAAGAAAAAUCUGUGUAGUUGCUUUCUCAUAGUUAAUAGCCAAAAAAAGUGGGUAAGGAGAGAGAAAGGACUAUGUGAAAGAUUUCCUCAAUGAUCAUCAAAUCUAGAAUUCAUUUAUAUCAAUUCCCUGUUAUGAAUAGACAAAUGGCAGCUGGAAGCUUAGAGUAAACAUAAAGGUGAAUAAAGUUAUCCUGCCUAUAGCUGCAGCUAAUUAUGACUUCAUCAGUAGAAUGGGCUAAAUAUUGAAUAAGAGGUUGUCAAUGUUACUCAUACCAUUUUCUCUAUUCUUGUGGUUGGGAUUAAUCAAUAGUAGUUCACCUUCACUAGGGAAAGGUGCAAUAUAUCCUUAUUUUUCUUGAAGCUAACUGAACUCUUUUUGCCAGUUUGACCUGAGAGAGACUCAACUUCCUAAAGUCAGUAAAAACAUCAGUGAUCUAAUGCUGACCGGAGCCAGAUGAGAACACAUAUUGAAGCCCUAUAUGAGAUGGUGGUUCAUAUAAGGAAUGAGGAAUGGAAGAACAACUAAAAACAACCAGGGACUAGCCCCAUUGGUCAAAUUUGGAAAAAUACAAUGUAUAAAGAGAACACAAAUGUUUAUUUAGUACAGAAUAAGUCACUGAUAUUCACUUCCCUAAAGUCUAAAAACAAAAGCCUAUAUGCUUAAUAGGUACUGGGUUUUGGAAAACCCACAUUCUCCAUAAGUAUCCUGAUGAGCCCCACUUACCAAUUUACUGACAAGACUCUUUUUCUUCAAGGGGUGCCUAAAACAAUUUACAAUCCUGGAAGACCAAAAGUGAGCCACUGGGCAGACUUUCUCUGAGCUCUUAGAAUGCAGUAGGGAUUGUUUGGGAAGCUUUCUAUCCAUAGACACCAAAUUAAGGAGUUUUUAAUAGCCAUUUGGGGGUGACCAGAUCAUUUGGCUUCUAGAAUUUAAAGCUUCCCAAAAUAACCACUCACUAUGUCCCUUUUGAAAAGGGUCUGCCUAUCUGGACUCAGUUAUUGAACAGGUGAGAUGAGGUCAUACCCUCACUAUCCAUCUAGAAUUGCCUAUUAAGAAUUGGAUGUUCUAGUUUUUUGUUUUUUUUUUACUACAUAUCUAAUAUUUUAGAUAUAACAUUCCAUACAAAACUAUUGACUUACAGAAUUCAAGACUGUACCUAGCUCUUACCUUUUUCUCUGGCCUUAUAUGGCCCUUGGGCAAGAUGUUCCCCCACCUUUGCUCUAGCAAAAUAUAUAGCCCAUAGGAGGCUUCAAUUUUAAAUGGAUCUGGUAUAUUCAAGACUAAAAAAAAAAAAAGAUCCUUCUACUAAAUUUACAAUCAUUUUCUGGUACUAUUUAGGAUAAUACCUGCAAACUAUGUUACUUUUCCUAAUUUGUUAAGCUCAAACUACCUCCCUGGAGGCCUCAGGAUUAGCCAGAGAAAGGAUAAAAGACCUUGGUCUUUAGUGGGAGGAGUUAAUAAGCAGGCCAACUGCCAGGAGUUUUGCCAAAGAUCUCUUCUCGAUUCUGGAGUCCAGAAUCUCCAACUUUCUCCUCCUCCUCCUGCCAGCACCCCUCACCCUCUAGUCCUUUCCUACAAUUAUCUUAACAUCAAAUCAGCACCAAUGGUGAGAAGAGCUAUUUUUGCAACCAUAUGUUAACAGAGUCAUUGUUAUCAAAUAGGCAAUUAGCCUUAAGUGUUGAUUCAAGUAUACCUUUUCAUAGUUUCAGCCUUUUACAUCUCCUGCUUUCUUUUGUUUUAGAACACAGAUGGUCAGCCCUCCCUGACUUCUCAGGAAAGGAGGUAAAAACACCAAAAAGAAAGUGAUCACAUCCCUUUUGACUUCUCAGGAAGGGAGGUGAAAGCACUAAAAAGGAGAUGAUCACACCCUAUCUGACUUCUCAGGAAGGGAGAUGAAAAACACCAAAGGGAAGUGGGGAUUUAAGCCAGAUAUUGUUAGUGGGUUUCUGGGCUGAAGGGUCUUAUUAGAAACAGGUAUACACAAAUCCAUCAGUGUGGUGUUCUUGUUCUUUAAGAUAAUGGUUCUCUCUGGGAAAGAGUAGGUUUCUCGGGGAGAUUUUCUGGAGGCAGCCUUACUUUCAGUUAAGAUCAAUAAUCACUUCAAACACAGCUAGGUGAUAAAAGUUCAAAUGUUUAUUUUCUCCUUCCAAAAUAGCCCGGUUAGUUUUUCUUAGAGGCCUAUCUUUCUGCUUGGUUCCAAGAGCUCUUGCCGCUAAUCCUUUGCCUCUGCUCCCUUCAGCCUCCAGCCAGCACAAAGGUGGAAGAUGGAAUGAAUCUGUCUUGCCUCCGAGAGAGGGCUUCUUGCUGAACUCACUUGAUGCUCAUUUUUCAAUCUUUUCAGCUGAACUAACUUGACUGGCUCACUGAAGCUCACUUCUCCGAGAGUGGGAUUGUGGGAUCCGACAAUGGGAUUAUGGGUUUCCUCCCAGAGUGCUCUCUGACCCUAAGAGUUUCUUGCUUAUAUGAGCUCUCUAAAGGUGUGAAUACAAGCAUUGUUUCUAUCAGUAUUAGUGACUUAUCACCUUGUAAGGACUCCCUCUAAGGUGUGAACCAAUAAGCAUUGUAUCAAUUCCAUUAAGUGAACACUAGGAUUCUAACACAUCAGAUUGGGAGGUAUUACACAAGCACAUACCGUGUUUCCCCGAUAAUAAGACCUAUCCCGAAAAUAAGCCCUCCCCUUACUGUGUAAGAUUCCUCUAAAAUAAGCCCUCCCCCUAAAAUAAGACCUAUUGAGAUUGCUACUGUAGUGAAGGUGAUCCCCUGCGCUACACGCUACAUUAUGGUACCCUCUGUUUGCACUGUCCUCCCCCUCCCCCCCAGUGAAACGCAUGCCGCGCUCCGAGCUGCAUCCAAUCAGAGCUGCAGCAGUGAGCGUGUCAUCCUGUUCUUCCUUUUUUUUUUUUUUUUAAAUAACUUUUUAUUGAUAGAACCCAUACCAGGAUAAUUUUUUAUAGCAUUAUCCCUUGCAUUCACUUCUGUUCCGAUUUUUCCCCUCCCUCCCUCCCACCCUCCCCCAGAUGGCAAGCAGUCCUUUACAUGUUGAAUAGGUUACAGUAUAUUCUAGAUACAAUAUAUGUGUGCAGAACCAAACCGUUUUCUUGUUGCACAGGGAGAAUUGAAUUCAGAAGUUAUAAAUAACCCCGGGAAGAAAAACAAAAUGCAAGCAGUUUAUAUUCAUUUCCCAGUGUUCUUUCUUUGGGUGUAGCUGCUUCUGUCCAUCUUUGAUCUAUUGAAACUGAAUUAGCUCUCUUUAUCAAAGAGAUCCACUUCCAUCAGAAUACAUCCUCAAACAGUCUCGUUGAUGAGGUAUAUAAUGAUCUCCUGGUUCUGCUCAUUUCACUUAGCAUCAGUUCAUGUAAGUCUCGCCAGUCCUCUCUGUAUUCAUCCUGCUGGUCAUUCCUUACAGAACAAUAAUAUUCCAUAACGUUCAUAUACCACAAUUUACUCAACCAUUCUCCAAUUGAUGGGCAUCCAUUCAUUUUCCAGCUUCUAGCCACUACAAACAGGGCUGCCACAAACAUUUUGGCACAUACAGGUCCCUUUCCCUUCUUUAGUAUCUCUUUGGGGUAUAAGCCCAGUAGAAACACUGCUGGAUCAAAGCAUCCUGUUCUUCCCCAGUGAUUUGCUUGCUGGCACCAUUGAGAGCAGUGCCGCAGAGGAGAGCUGAGGCAGGACAACAUAAAAAUCCAGUAUGUAAGCGGGAAUGAGGGGACAUUAUGGAAGAUAAAAGGGGCAUGAUGGAGGAUAAAAGAAAAACUCAGGGGGCAUGAUGGAGGAUAAAAGAAGAACUCAGCCAGCACUCACUGUGCUAAAGAAAUGAAGAACUUCCUUGCAGAGAGAAGAAUAGAUCAAGUAAUGAUUCCUCCAGGAAUGACUGCCUAUCUCCAGACCCUUGAUAUUGCAAUAAACAAGCCAUUCAAGGACCAUUUGCGCAUGUUAGUCAAUGACUACAUUGAAAAUAGAAUGGAAAGAAAUCAGCGUGGAAACUUUGUGAAGCCCUGUCUGCAAGAAGUCGUGACUUGGGUAAAGAAGUCAUGGGAUAAUUACUGACAGCUGUGUCGUCAAGGCACUACGAGCAGGUUACCUGGACAAGACAUGGUCAUUUAAAGAGAGCUAUAUUGCUGGAUAUGACAGAUUGGGUCCACUUCUUCUGAAGGAAAUAGAGGCACAAGACAUCCAGGAUGGAAUUCAGGGUACGGACACUUAUGAUGAUGUUGUUGAAGAAGAUGACAUGAUCAUUAUUGAAUAAAGGUACUUUUUUUGUUCACAUUUACCUGUUUAUUAAAAUUGCUGUCAAUGUUCAUUAAAAUAAGCUCUCCCCUGAAAAUAA